GGACGAUCCUAGCGAAGCGUUGAAAACUCCACGUCCACCUGGGCGCAACCUUCUGAUCGAAUCAGCGGUGGGAACACCAGUGGCCGCGUCAGGAGGAGGAGAUCAUCUUCAGAAGACAGCGACUAUGCCUCGUCCACCUAAUCUUCCUAUGAACGUAGCUACGAAGGAAAAAGAGAAAGACGACGUGCGAAGUCCAGGGUCCAUUCUGUCGAGUCUAGCGACAACGUCUCUUAAGGGUAGGUUAAAGGUGCUUUUCUUACCGCUUUUUAUGCCUCUCCUAAGGGAGAAAGGCAUAACAAGCGGGGUAAGCGAGCACCAACAACCUACCUCUAAGUCUCUGGAAAGUUUUGACUAUGCCUCCUCUGCCGACCAGUACCUGAAGCAAAAUACUAGUUCUUUCUUGGACUACUUGGGAACGCCGACGAGCUCCUUUAAUCUUCAACUAGACACAUCGACUUCUGUGUUGACACCAAGCACGACACUGGGUGGCGGGGGCAUUGAUCUACUCACAUCUCCGAUAUCAUCGAAUUAUGGAGCUGCUGCAACCACAACUUCUAUGCAAAGCAACAAAGAACACUCUACUUAUGGCGGGAGUGGAACUACUUCUACAGUUACGAAAGCUGUCCCGACAAUUGCACCCCCCUCAUCUAGCACCACGCCUACUGCAGCGAAGAAAGAUCUUCACGUAGUUGGAGAUCGAUUACCACAGAACGAUAUGGAAGCAUACAACGUCUGGGCUAAAACGCUUCCUCGGGAAACGGUCACGAUACUCUUAUGAUCUCCUUGCACCGGCGCUUGAUCGUUUUCAACACGUGGAUCAUCUUCAGCCUCAUGAUCCUCUAUUGCUAUCUGAAACCGAAUCUUUUAUCUUUCGCUGUCAGGGUUGAUGGCUGAUAGGCCAGACGCACAGGAAGCACUGUCCUGGGCGUAAUAUGCCCAGGGGUCGCGACGUCGCCGGUGGCGCUGCAGCUGCCUUGCUGCUUGGGCGGCCUGAGGGCGCCGGGCUUGGGCCGCGAGAGAGCGUGUCGGCCUAGGGGCUCGGCGGAGCAGCCGGGGUUGGCAGGUUAGGCGUCUGAGGUGCCUCCCAGGAAUGCCGAGCUGGAGGUGUGUACACACUGACAGGGAGGCGCCCGAAGGGCGCCUCGCAAAAUUUUAACGCAUGGGGUGCAUGGAGUAUUGCUAUCUGAAGCCGAACCUUUUAUCUAUCCGUCUUCCCUCUAAUCUUCGAGAAGCAGCUAUGGAAUCUUUUUAUCGCUGUCGGAGAAGC